AUGUGUUCUGUGGUGAACGGGUGUGGGAUAGAAUACGUGGAUAAUAUUUCGAAAUUUCCGAAUACAGAUGAAGUUUCUACAGGUACUACAAUUUUGGCUAUGCACUAUGCGGGAGGUGUAAUUUUGGCUGCCGAUAGUAGGACUUCUUCGGGCCAAUUUGUCUCUAAUAGAGUUGCCAGGAAGAUUACUAAACUACUUCCAAAUAUUUACGUGGCACGAUGUGGUAGUGCCGCUGAUACCCAAAAUUUGUCACUCAUCCUAAAGUACUAUGGGCAAGUAUUGCGCCAGCAAUUGAGAAUUUUCAACUACGAACCGCACGGGUCUAACGUCUAUGUUAGAGGUAUGGAUGUAGAUCCAUCACACUCAGAAUCUAACACCGGCAACUAUCAACCUAAUAAUCCCAUCUCCACGUUCAGUUACUCUUACAAACAUGAUCAAGAAUGUGGAUUUAUGGGACCCACCGUAAAUUGUAUAGCUUCAAUAGCUCAAAACUUGGUCCACGAAUAUAAAGAUAGACUGAGGUGUGGAUUGAUAUUUGCAGGGGUGGAUUUUACAGGCAUACCUGAUGUUUAUAUUGUAAUGCCUGGAGGAGCCAAGAUUAAGGUGGAUAGUUUCAUAAGUGCUGGAUCAGGAUCAGGAUACAUUCAAGCCUUCUUACAAAGCAACUAUAAGAAGGACCAGUCAGCUGAGGAAUCUGUAAGAUUGGCUAAACAGGCUAUUUUAUAUGCCACAAAAAACGAUUCUAUGUCAGGAGGGUUGGUUAGAUUAGUGAAUAUUGAUACUCAGUCAGUACAGGAAUAUUGUUUCGACGUCAACACUCCUAUGCUCAAUUGA